AUGGCGGCUUUUGCUAAACCCUCCCAACUUCAUGGUCGAAGGGAUCAUCCCCUUCUUCCUUCUAGUUCCACUUCUCCCAACUUCAACCUCAAAACUUUCACUUUCUCCCACUACUUGCACACCCUUCAUACCCCUCUUAGAAAAGUUAAACAUGUUUUUGUUUCAAAUUCUGCCACUACCACUAUCUCCCUCAGCAACGACCAUAACCACAACCCCAACUCGGAUAUUUGCCAACUGUGCCUUCUUGGGAACUUGGACCGUGCCAUGAGCUACUUAGACUCCAUGCACGAGCUUCGAAUUCCCGUUGAAGAUGAUACUUACGUUGCCUUGAUUCGGCUAUGUGAGUGGAAGAGAGCAAGGAAGGAAGGGUCUCGUGUUUACUCUUAUGUUUCCAUGUCCAUCACCGUUUUGAGCCUUCAACUGGGAAAUGCCCUUUUGAGCAUGUUUGUGAGGUUUGGGAACUUAGUGGAUGCUUGGUAUGUUUUUGGGAGAAUGGAGAAAAGGAAUUUGUUCUCUUGGAAUGUUUUGGUUGGUGGGUAUGCUAAAGCUGGCUUCUUUGAUGAGGCUCUGGACCUCUAUCAUAGAAUGUUGUGGGUUGGUGAGAGGCCUGAUGUUUACACUUUCCCUUGCGUUUUGAGGACUUGUGGUGGCAUGCCUAACUUGAUGAGGGGUAGAGAGAUUCAUGUGCAUGUUUUAAGAUAUGGGUUUGAGUCGGAUGUGGAUGUGCUUAAUGCAUUGAUAACUAUGUAUGUGAAAUGUGGGGAUGUCAGUGCUGCUAGGUUGGUGUUCGAUAAAAUGCCCAAUAGAGAUAGGAUUUCGUGGAAUGCCAUUAUUUCCGGGUAUUUUGAAAAUAGGGAGUGCUUGGAGGGACUGAGAUUGUUCGGUAUGAUGAUAGAAUAUCCUGUUGAUCCAGAUUUGAUGACCAUGACCAGUGUGAUUACUGCAUGUGAACUUCUGGGCGAUGAGAGAUUGGGGAGGGAGAUUCAUAGUUAUGUUCUGAAAAUGGGGUUCGGGAGAGACCCCUCAGUUCAUAAUUCGUUAGUUCAGAUGUACUCAUCUGUUGGACUUAUUCAGGAAGCUGAAACAGUUUUCUCUAGAACAGAAUGUAGAGAUGUGGUGUCAUGGACUGCAAUGAUAUCAGGUUAUGAGCAUUGUUUAAUGUCUCAGAAAGCACUUGAGACAUAUAAGAUGAUGGAAGCAGAAGGUAUCAUGCCAGAUGAAAUCACCAUUGCCAUUGGACUCUCUGCUUGCUCUUGUAUAUGCAAUUUAGACAUGGGGACAAACCUUCAUGAGGUGGCCAAGCAAACAGGGCUCAUCUUUCAUCCGAUAGUUGCAAACACACUCAUUGACAUGUAUGCCAAGUGUAAAUCCAUUGACAAGGCUUUGGAAGUUUUCCACUCUACUUUUGACAAGAACAUUGUAUCUUGGACAUCAAUCAUCCUUGGUCUUCGGAUCAACAACCGGUGCUUUGAAGCUUUAUUUUACUUCAGGGACAUGAUUCGUAGACUGAAGCCAAACUCUGUCACUUUAGUUUGUGUUCUAUCUGCAUGUGCGAGAAUAGGAGCUUUGACAUGUGGGAAAGAGAUUCAUGCCCAUGCAUUGAGAACUGGAGUUAGUUUUGAUGGUUUUAUGCCCAAUGCAAUUUUGGACAUGUACGUAAGGUGUGGAAGAAUGGGAUAUGCGUGGAAACAAUUUUUCUCAGUUGAUCAUGAUGUUACUGCAUGGAACAUUUUGCUUACAGGAUACGCUGAGCGCGGGAAAGGAGUACUUGCUUCUGAAAUUUUUCAGAGAAUGGUAGAAUCAAAUGUUAAUCCUGAUGAAAUUACAUUUAUCUCCAUAUUAUGUGCAUGCAGCAGAUCGGGUAUGGUAUCAGAAGGCUUAGAAUAUUUUAACAGCAUGAAGAGUAAUUACUCUAUCACACCUAAUCUGAAACACUAUGCAUGUGUGGUUGAUUUACUUGGCCGUUCUGGGAAAUUGGAGGAAGCUUAUGAAUUCAUACAGAAAAUGCCAUUGAAACCAGACCCGGCAGUCUGGGGAGCUUUAUUAAAUGCAUGUAGGAUUCACCAUCAUGUUGAACUUGGGGAGCUUGCUGCAGAGAAUAUCUUUCAAUAUGAUACAACAAGUGUUGGUUACUACAUUCUUCUCUCUAAUCUUUAUGCUGACAAUGGUAAAUGGGACAAGGUUGCAGAAGUUAGAAAAAUGAUGAGACAGAAUGGGUUAAUUGUAGAUCCUGGAUGCAGCUGGGUGGAAAUCAAGGGCACUGUGCAUGCUUUCCUCAGUGGUGAUAACUUUCACCCUCAAAUAAAGGAAAUAAAUGCACUUUUGGAGCGGUUUUAUCAGAAGAUGAAGGAAGCUGGUCUUGAAGGGCCAGAAAACAGUCAUAUGGACAUAAUGGAAGCUUCUAAGGCUGACAUAUUUUGUGGGCACAGUGAGAGACUAGCCAUUGUCUUUGCACUUAUUAAUUCUGGCCCUGGGAUGCCUAUUUGGGUGACCAAGAAUCUCUACAUGUGCCAAAACUGCCACAACAUUGUCAAAUUUAUCUCUAGGGAGGUUCGCAGAGAGAUUUCUGUAAGGGAUGCUGAACAUUUUCACCAUUUCAGGGGAGGCGUCUGCUCUUGCAUGGAUGAAGGAUAUAGGAGUUAG